GACCUGCUCCCCAGGCCAGAGCUAGACCAGGCUGUAGCAGCAGCCCUGCAGAGGACUCCAAGCACCAGCAAGCCAAUCUCAAAGCCAUGGACCUUGACAGACACCUAGCCACCAGCUCAGGGGACAAGCUGGUUCGCCCCCAGAAGGCCAUCCCGGCGACUCACCUGACUUUCCUCAUCGACUGUACUCACGGCAAGUCGCUCUCCCUGAUGGCACCCCCAGAGCCCUCACCAGCCCCCACCUCCACCCUGGGACCUGCCACCCCUCUGAUGAAGACCUACAUCUUGUUCUGUGGGGAAAACUCUGCCCCUCUGAAUGAGGAGACCCCCCUGAGUGGGGAACUUCUUGCUCAGGUGGGGGACACCCUGCCACCCCCCCGGGAUGUGGCCCCUGCGUCCUCCCCAGUCAGCCCACUCUGCCUCCAGGAGGUCCCCAAAGCCAAAGGGAACCCCCUGAAGACUGUGUCUGUAAGACACUCUGCCUGGGGGACCGUCAAGGGCUCCCUGAAAGGGUUCCUCUCCUCCUGUGUCUGUGGGCAGGCAGAUUAAGUAAGGGGUUGGGCCUGACACACCAGACUGCAGUGCUCAGGGGCUGUGAUUCCCAGAGCCCAGGCCUUCCCCUGCCAAGCAGAAUCUUCUUGCCUGAGCCAAGGAAAGAGCCUUCAGUCCACUGAAGGACCCCUGACCAGCCACAUACCCAAGGGGAUCCUGUCCCUUCUUCCCGUUAGUCUCACACCAGAAGCAGAGCCACAAGACUAAUCCAUUCAAACAGCAGACUAGCCAUGCAGCUACACGCCGGCCCCUGCAAAGUGCAAGAGAAGACAGCACAGCUUUCUCAGAGUUUCUAUUCUUUUUAAUUCCAGAGCACUGCUCAGCUCUGGUUCAUGGUGGCGUGGGACUUCGGAGCCUCUCAGGCACGAAAGUCUCUUUGCAUAACUGUGACGCUCUCUCUACCGUAUUCUUGACCAGUGGAUAGAAGUGUGAGAAUAGGGAAACAAGAAACCACAAGAAAUAAAGAUGCUGGUCCAGGAGGUAGGGCAAUAGAUAAAAUGUUGCAUUCUCAGGCAUGAGGUCCUAAGUUAGAUCCCUGGCAUCACAUGUACCAGAGUCAUGUCUGGUUCUUUCCCUCUGUCCUCCUACCCCUCUCAUAAAUAAAUAAAUAAAUAAUUAAUUAAAAAAAGAAAAAAGAAAGAUGCUUUUGAACAGUGGCAAAAGGAGUGCUCUGUAGGAACUGAAGUGAGGUGCUGGGAUAGCAGGUGACUGGGCAAAAUGUUUUGCAGAUAUGCUGGAUGGGAAGGGCCCGCCAGGGUGGGGGAAAGUAGCAUCAUGAUUCUGCAAAGAGACUCUCAUGCCCGAGGCUCCAAGGUCCCAGGUUCAAUCCCCACACCAUCAAUAAGACAGCUGAACAGUGCUCUGGGAAAAAAGAAAAAAAAAAAACCUUUCUGAUCUCAAAGAUAAGGAACCAUCAGCGCGAAGGACCAUUCUCUCUAGGGCCACCUGGCUGGUCUCUUAAGCCAGGGCCAGCCACAGAGGAGGGCAGCUGUCCCAGUACCAUGAACAGUGGCAGCAUGCAGGUUGCUGUCAUUCCUUUGAAGAUAUGUCUAUCUAGGGGUGGGAAAGAGAGCCAGACUGUCACUUUGGCACAUGUAGCCCUGGGGAACAAACUUAGGACUCCAUGCAUACUCUUAGGCCUAGUGCUCUAGCCACUAUGUCACCUCCAAGGUCAUGCUACUAUCAUUGAAAACAAAAUGGGGGCUGGGUGGUGGCACACCGGGCUGAGCACACAUGUUACAAUGCGCUAGGACCCAGGUUUGAGCCCCCAGUCCCUACCUACAAUGGGAAGGCUUUGCAAGUGGUGAAGCAGUGCUGCAGGUGUCUCUCUGUCUCCCUAUCUAUCUUCCCCUUUCCUCUUGAUUUCUGGCUGUCUAUAUCCAAUAAAUAUUGAAAAGAACAAAACAAAAUGUAAGUGGCUGGGUGGUGGUACACCGCAGUGAGCACAUAUGUCACAGUGGGCAAGGACCUUGGUUCAAGCCUCUA